GCCCUCUGUGGCUGUGACCCGCCCAUCCGCCGCCGCUGACUGAGCCCGGUCAGGUGUUCAGCGCUCACACACGUAAACUUUACAUUUGGAUAACUUAUUCGGUUUUUCUGUGAAGGGACAAACAGUUCCGAGGCCAUGCUCAGACGGAUACUACAGAUGACCCCUGGGAAGGGAGGGUCCCAGAAUGCGGAGUCCGAACAGCCCAGCACCGACCUGAACCACGACCAGACCUCUGAGGGCUUCAUCUGUCCUCAGUGCAUGAAGUCUCACAACUCUGCAGAGGACCUGUUCAAACACUACGAGCUGUUCCACGACACAGGAGACCUCCCCGCUCACAUGGCCCCGACUCGGGAGGACCUUACGAUGCUGCGGCAAGAGGUUCAAGACCUGCAUGCUUCUCUCAAGGAGGAAAGAUGGUUCUCUGGAGAGCUGAAGAAGGAAUUAGACAAAGUCCAAGGACAUUUUAAGCAACCCGAUGGGCAGAGCUCAGAAGAUUCAGUCCUGGAAAGGAAGCUGAAUGAAGCCGAAACCGAGAAGUUCAACAUCAAACAGAUGAAAGACCUGUUUGAGCAGAAAGCUGCACAGCUGGCCACAGAGAUAGUAGACUUGAAGUCCCGUUACGACGAGGAGAAGAGUCUGCGGGAGGCCGCUGACCAGAGGCUCGCCAAGUUGACUGAGGACGUGCAGAAAGAAAAGCAGGAGAACGAGAGGCUACAGACAGAACUGCUGCAGCGACCGGGAGUGGAGGACGUGGACGUCCUGCAGAAGGAGCUGGUUCAGGUGCAGACGCUGAUGGACCAAAUGACCCGCGAGAGAGAGGAGGAGUCCGAACGCCUCAAGAACCAUUAUGAGCAGCUCCAGGCCGACUACACUACCUCAGAGAUCCGUAAAUUGGAGAUGACCAUAUCCCAACUGAAAGCAGAGCUGGAGAAGGGUCCGCAGGAAGCGGCCGUCUACACGCAGCAGAUCCACCAGCUGCAGAGCAGCCUGAACAAUCUGCAGCAGCAAAGCCAGAGCCUGUCUGAAAAACUUGCGCGUAAGGAAAAGGAAUAUCAAGUGCUGGAAGAAGAGCUGGGUGUUGAGAAAACGGCCAAGAACGAAGUCCGGGACAGCCUGAGGGAGAGGGAGUCGGAGGUCCAGGAGCUCCAGGCCCGGGCCGCGGGGGCCGAGGCCGCCCUGCAGAAGGCCCAGACAGAGCUUCGAGAGACGGCGGAGGAAGUGGCCAAGUUUAAGAAGGAGAUUGCAGAUCUGGAGGUGAAGCAUGCAGAGCUGAAGGUUGAGAGGAAACAGCUGGAGCAACAGAGGGAAGAAAAAGAAAGUCAAGGUGCUCAGCAGCAAACGGAGAUCAGCCAGCUGCACACCAAACUGCUGGAGGCAGAGAGGCAGCUCGGUGAGGUGCAAGGUCGGCUGAAAGAGCAGCGGCAGCUGUCCGGGGAGAAACUGAAGGACCGCGAGCAGCAAGCAGCUGACCUGCAGCUCAAACUCUCCCGCGCAGAAGAACAGCUGAAGGAAGGUGCCAGUAAGACCACUGACCUGCAGCACCAGCUGGAGAAAGCCAAGCAGCAGCAUCAGGAGCUGCAGGCGCUGCAGCAAAACACCAACGGCAAACUCCGCGAAGCACAGAACGACUUGGAGCAGGUGCUGCGUCAGAUCGGGGACAAAGACCAGAAGAUCCAGAACCUGGAAGCUCUGCUGCAGAAGAGCAAAGACAUCGUGAGCCAGCUGGAGACGGAGAGAGAGGAUCUGUGCGCCAAGAUUCAGGCCGGAGAAGGAGAAACCGCUGUGCUGAACCAGCUGAAAGAGAAAAACCACGCACUGCAAGAACAGGUGACGCAGUUGACCGACAAGUUAAAGAACCAGUCAGAGAGCAACAAGCAGGCUCAAGAUAACCUCCACAAGCAGGUCCAGGAGCAGAAGACUCUGCUCCGUUCGGCCCAGGACAGAGCUCACACCCUGGAGACCUCGGUCACUGAACUCACCGCCCAGCUCACCGACAGCAAGGAGAAAGUGGCUCAGCUGGAUGCUCAGGUGAAAGCAAAGACGGAGCUGCUGCUCUCUGCAGAGGCAUCCAAAGCUGCACAAAAGGCCAACCUGGAGAACAGCCUGGAGACAGCUCAGCACGCACUGCAGGACAAGCAGCAGGAGUUUAGUAAAAUUCAGAAGAAGCUGGAAGAGGAAGCCCAGAGGCUGAAGGAGCGGCAGGAGCAGUGCGCUCAGCUGGAGACCAGUCUGAAGGAAUGCAAAGAGAAGCUUCUGGCCUCAGAGCAGCGCGUCGAGCAGCUGGAGGGCGGCAAUAAGAAACUGGAGUCUCGGAUCGAGGAGGUGCAGACCACUCGGGACAAAGCUCAGCAGGAAGUGCAGAAGCUGCAGAAGGAGAGUUCAGAGGUUAAAAAGAAAGCGAAGGAGCUGCAGCGCUCACUGGAAACUGAGAAGACGGGAGCUUCAAAUCUGCAAGAGGAGUUAAAGAAAAAGGCAGCUGCUUUGAGCGAUGUGCAGCAGCAGCUGGUCUGCUGUGAGCAGGAGAUUUCCGCUCUGAAGGUGAACCUGGACAAGGUGACGCAGGAGGGAACGACUCGGCAGGCAGAGCUGGAGAAGAGAGCCCAGAGUCUGGCUGCAGACCUGCAGAAAGCCCAGCAGGAGAAAGAGGCUCAGAAGAAGGAGCUGGCGUCCGGGCAGGAGAGCCUCGGAAAGGCCAAUAAGGCGCUGAAAGAAAGCCGGGGUCAACUGGAGGCUGAGAGGAAGAACCAUAAAUCUGCAAUGGAAGAGAAGGACAGGUCCAACGAGAAGGCAAAGCAGGAGCUUCUCAAAAACAACGAGGCCAUCACGAAAACACUGAAAGAGUCUAAAGAGCAGCUGGAGCGGAUGAAAGAGACGGAGAAGAAGCUGAGAGAGCAGCUGACCUCGGCGGAGCAGCAGCGCUCCAAGACUCAGGAGACACUGAAGGAAAAGGAGAGCGAGUUGGAGAAGCUGCAGGCACAACUGAAGACAACCCAGGGGUCCUUGCAAGAGGAAGUUAACAAACUGAAGGGUCAGCUGAAAGAACUACAGGAAGUCUGUGCCAAGAAGGACAAAGAGGAGAGUAAGUUGAGGACGCAGGUGUCGGAGCUCAGCCAGCAGCUGUCCUCGGAAAAGGGCCACACGGCCGAGCUGCAGAAGUCAGUGGAGCAAAGCCAGCAAGACCUCUCCAAGCUGCAGUCGGACCUCUACGGCAAAGAGUCUGAAGUUUCCGCUCUGCGCCAAGACCUCAAGGCCUCAGAGGAAAAGCUGAGUGCCGCCCAGGAGGAGCUGUCUGCCAACCGAACCCAUCAGACGAGUUUAGAGGCUCAGAUCCAGGAGCUGAAGUCGUCCCGCGGCUCUCUGGAGCAGGAGCUCGCUAAACGGGACCAGAAGCUCCAGCAGCAGGAUCAAACUCUGAAGGAGCUGCAGAAGCAGCAGAGUAAAGUCAAGGAGGAACUGGAGAAGGAGAGAAACAAGCUGGAGGAGGUGAACAAAGCCAAGAGCGUCCUGGAGAAGAACAACACCAAAGUGACAUCUGAGUUGAAAACACUGGCAGAGAAGAGUGAGAAGGAGCUGGGCGAGCUGCAAGAAGCCAAACAGCUCUUGAUCCAGCAGAAACUGGAUCUGCAGAGUCAGGUGGAGGCGGCGCAGGGGGCCCUCCAGCAGGAGCAGAAGGAGCACCAGGCCACCAAAGACGGCAGGAUCCAGAGAGAGGAGCAGCUCUCCAACCAAACCAAGGAGGUCCAGGAACAGCUGGCGGCGGAGAAACGAGCCAGAGAAGAGCAGGUGAAGCGCGGGGAGGAGACGGAGGCCAAGCUGGCCGUCCAGGUGACGGCGCUGAAUGAGAACGUGGCCACGUUGAAGAGGGAAUGGCAGGGCAGCCAGCGGAGGGUCAGUGAGCUGGAGAAGCAGACGGACGAGCUGAGAGGAGAGAUCGCCGUGCUGGAGGCCACCGUCCAGAACAACCAGGACGAGCGGCGCGCGCUCCUGGAGAGGUGUGUGAAGGGUGAAGGGGAGAUGGAGAAGCUGCAGGCCAAAGUGGUGGAGCUGAGGAGGAAGCUGGACGACACCACGGCGGCCAUGCAGGAGCUGGGCAGGGAGAACCAGUCGCUUCAGAUCAAGCAGUCCCAAAGCCUGACCAGGAAGUGGGCCGAGGACCACGAGGUGCAGAACUGCAUGGCGUGUGGGAAAGGCUUCACCGUCACCGUCAGGAAGCACCACUGCCGACACUGCGGGAACAUCUUCUGCGCCGAGUGCUCGUCGAGGAACGCCCUCACGCCGUCGUCGAAAAAGCCCGUACGGGUGUGCGAGACGUGUUUCGAGGAGCUUCAAGGCUGACGUCCCCCGCCUUCGCCCCCCUCCCCCCUCCUCCCCCACCCCCUGACCCCCUGACCCCCUGACCCCGACCCCUCUCUAUCUCCAGCGUGCAGAAGAAGGCAUGUCUUUGUCCAUUUUCUAUGUGCACUAUCGAGGACAGACCCAGCGCAAAGACCCCCACCCGGGUGUGACCCGCGGCGCCGGUGUGAAGGGAUCCACCGGGGUGGGAUCGGUCGGGGUUGUCUGUAUCUGUAUUUGUGCCUUUUGCUACUCCUGUGGACUGCCAGAGAGCGCAGGCAGCGAACAUGAACACGCCACCCACCUCUGUACGGCUCCAUCCACCAGUCAGUCUCCACCAGGCUUCGCUCGUGGUCUUAAAGGUUUUUCCAGUGAGAGAGUGAAUCAUGUAACACUGAUGCUGAAAGUAACUUCUGCCCCACAAAGGUGAACACUGGGAACUUUCCCCGCUAUUGUUUCCAUAAUCUAUUCAGAAAAUAUUUGAAAAAAUGGCAUCAUUUGACUAUUUUUUUUUGAAUUCACAUGCAGUAUUGUGAAAAAGAAAAAAAAAAAAAAAAACCGAGUGUGAGAAUACCUGCACGGUUUCUUUUGCACAGAGCUGCAAGUCAACAGCUCCGUAUUGUUUGUUCGUGCCGCACAGGGAGGUAUCGGCUUCAUUUUCUGGGAUUGUAAAUGUGAAUUAUACGUGUGAACUUAGGACAGCAGGUGAACCUGCAUGACUCGGUUCCUGCGCGUUUCCUUCGUGGCGGCAGAGUGUUUAUGAUUUAGAAGAAAUUCAUGUCUUCAGCCUAUUUCAUGACCAAAGAAUGUCUGCAGCGGGAAAACAGCCGAGGUGGAAGCCCUGAGUUCGUGUCAUAUUUCAGUAUUUUCUAGCAGUGUUUCGGUUUUAAAUCACUCGGUCUCCACAUUUUUAUCUUGAAAACAGCCUGUAAUGCGAACAGUGACACUUUUUAUGUACAGCCAGUUCUUUUUUUGUUUUGUUUUUUUUUUUUUGUUUUUCUGUGCCACCAUUUCUUUGUGUUGUUUUCUACAAAUUGUGGUGCUUUCUGCAGACUCACAAUGCAGUCCUUAGAGGUGCCUGCAUAUUUUCUUUUUUUUCUCUCUCUCUCUCUCUUGCUGCUUGUCUCCACUCAGCAGCACUGACUUCUUCUGGAGCUGCGUGCGUGUGCGUGUGUGCACGUGUGCUUCGAAGCAAUAACUGUGGCUGUGUGUGGCAGUUGCUGGAACAGUGUGUGUAUGCCUGUGUGUGUGUGUGUGUGUGUGUGUGUGUCGUAGUGUUUAGACCUGCUGUAAGCUGACGUGCUGUAGGACUGCUGGCUGCUCUGAACCUCAGUAUCUCUCUGCCGCGGGGGGUUCUGGGACUUUCGCUGCUGCGUUCAGGUACAGCGGUUACUGUCGGUUCUCGGCCCAGCCCGUCCCGCAGCCCGGAACACUGUAAGAUUCAUUCCUGCGUUUUGUUUUAAUUUAUAAUUGAUGACGGAUCCCAGUAAGAUCUGGUGUGCAGUUGUCUGUAGACCGGAGCAGGUGGCGACACUGAACUCUUAAAACGCAGCUUACUAAAUUAACUCUGCAGCAGAAUGUCCAUCUCGGUUUAGAACACCCGGUUUUGUUAGGUCUACCUCAGACUGGCACAGGAAAAGAGCACUAUUUCAUAGACAUCACGAAAACUGCGUUGGAUGAAGGAUUUUUCGACGGGUCCGUCAUGUUGUACAGUCCCCGGAGUCUGGAGAGACAAUUUGCACCUUAUUCUAUCCUGGGUUGGUCGGAGUGAGAACCCAGCCACAAAGCAUAGGACCACCAGCUUUAUACAGGCUUCAGCAUUUCCAGCCCCGGUGUAACUUAACUGCUCAUUAAUACUAAAGGCUGUCAUAAUUAUCUUUGUAAAUGUUUGUAAUGAAAGAGAAAAUUAAAUAUAUAAUAACUUGUGGAUGUAGAAACAUGACAACAGUGAAACUGUGCAGAUUCAUCGACGUCUUAGUUUUUUUUUUUUUUUUUUUGUGCAGAAGAUGGCACUACAGACCCGUGGCACACUGAACCGUGGCUUUGCUUCGUGUUGUUGCUGUCAGUCGUCAUGCAUGGUGACUCAACCGGCCCGUGGCUCACACGCUUUCUCCACGUUCGGUCAGCAUGUCUCGGUGGUUUGUGUAAAAAGGCGUGCCUUCGGGGGGGGGGGGGGGGGGGGGGGGGGCGCGCGUCAAGGCGAAAACCGCCGGCGGUGGAUCACGAACCGCCGUAUCACCAGAGUCAGCGUGACCUCAGGUCACCAGAAGGGACAAGAGAUGUCGUUUAUGUUCACAUGCACCAGUUGAUUUUUUUUUUUUUUUAAUUCAUUGUCAUGACAAAACUAAAUAAAAAUCUACCAUAUG